CGAGAGCGCUUUCGGACCUGUGGAGCAAUCGAUGAGAUCCUCGAUGUAGGAAUAAAAUCUGUCGUGCAGUAGUUCUCGUAGUGAAACUUUCGUGGAGCUGGUAUGUGAGAGUGUCUUCGGAUUACGGUGCCUCUUCUGCCGCAGACGUUCUGUUGGUCGGAUUGAAACGUGACGCCGAACGCCGCCCCCAGGAUUUAAACAGUGCCAAAAAUCAAGGAACACACAGUCAGAGCGCUGUCAGAGCAUCGGUACAGUGAGAGCAAAUCAUCGUGAAGAUGUUUCGGUACCUGAGUAGACGUUGGGGAGGAAAACACCCUCAAACGAGCAGUUCGCUUGGCUCGAAGCAUUCUUUACCGUGUAAAAUAGUCAUGCUGGACGGGUCGGACAUCAGUAUCGAUUUGCCAAAAAAAGCUUUCGGAUCCGAGCUGCUGGAGCUGGUUUUCUACAAUAUCGAUCUCAUCGAGAAGGACUACUUUGGUCUCCAGUAUACGGAUGCUUUCCACGUUCAGCACUGGCUAGACCCGACCAAGCAGGUGAAAAAACAAGUGAAAAUUGGGCCCCCCUACACGCUGAGACUCAAAGUGAAAUUCUACAUAUCCGAACCGAAUUUGCUCCGGGAAGAAUUGACUCGCUAUCUGUUCUUCCUUCAACUGAAGCAAGACGUCCUCAGUGGGAAACUACCUUGUCCCCGUGAUACGAACAUCGAGUUGAGCGCGUACUCCUUGCAGUCGGAGCUCGGGGACUACGAUCCGGAGGAGCAUACUCCCGAGUUAAUUUCGGAGUUCAGAUUUUGCGUUGAGCAAGACGAGGAAAUGGAGAUGGAGAUCCUCGAUUCGUUCAGAAAACUCCGCGGUCAGAGUUCCGCCCAAGCUGAAUUGAAUUAUCUUAACAAAGCCAAAUGGCUCGAGAUGUACGGGGUCGACAUGCACACCGUUUUGGGGAAAGACGGUCGGGACUAUUCGCUUGGCUUGACACCGACCGGCAUACUGGUCUUUGAAGAACAGACAAAAAUCGGCUUGUUCUUCUGGCCGAAGAUCACCAAACUGGACUUCAGAAAUAAGAAGCUCACUCUCAUCGUCGUCGAAGAUGACGACGACGGAUACGAGCGCGAGCAUACAUUCGUGUUCCGACUGUACAACCCAAAAGCUGCCAAAAAUCUCUGGAAGUGCGCCGUUGAGCAUCAUUCCUUCUUCAGACUACGCUCUCUGCCCGAGCAUCAGAGAAACAUGCGACAGAACCUUUUCCGAAUGGGCUCGCGGUUCCGUUACUCGGGGAAAACCGAGUACCAGGCAACCGCUCGCAAAACUCGCCGUACCGUUCAGUUCGAGCGACGACCUUCGCAGAGAUACUCCCGGAGACAGUCAACGACACGUCGUCCGAAGGCUAAUAAUAAUCAUCAACAAAAUAACAACAACAACAACAACAACAAUAAUAGCAACAGCGGCGGCGGCGGCAGCAGCAGCAAUAACAAUGGUGGCGGGCCAGCGACCACGGACGGGGCGGCGUCUUCCUGCUCGGCGAGCAAAUCCGAAAAUCGCUAUGGAAAAGGUCCAAUUAAAGUUCCAGCGGUCGUGGUUCCUCCCAUGAAGAAUCUCGACAUGCACAAUGCAGAAGAUCGCCUCGAUACCCUGAUCAAGUCUAUAGCGAAGCCGGUUACGGCGCACAACUUCAACAACGAAUUCGUCCCGGCCGGCGAUGACAAGAGAGGAAACACAGUCGUUCUCGAUGAAGAGACCGACGAAAAGCCCAAACUCGCUGCCGAUUCAAAAGCGGCAGCAGCAGCAACACCGUCGACGGUUCAAACUCCAUCGUCCACGGCAGCUCCUGCGGCGACGGCCGCGGCAGCGACCGGGUCACCCGUAGUUGUAACCACUUCGAACAGUCUUGUUGUGGUUAGUGAACCUGUCCGCAAUAACCUUAAGCUGGUGAACAAUAAGCCCAGCAAGUUCCCUCUGGCGAAUCAGAUCAAGAACAACAUCGCUAAAGAAAAGUUCAAAACCGUCAUUCUCUGCAAUCCCGAUGGAACACCCUUCCCGAGCGAAAUGAACUGCAAAUCGGACAAGUCCGAGGAGACCGGCCCGCUUAUCAUCCUGCAUGACCCUCAGCCGGAAUUGACCUUGCUAGAAGUGGGUCCCGAAGACUCGUCGGGCGGUCUUCUCCCACCUCCUACGAUAACUCCGGUUCCGGCGGAGGCUCUCAGCAAACUGAAGAUCGAGAAAACACCGACUACCAUCAACGACCUGCUGAAGCUCAACGAAGUCAACGGCGAAGUGCGACGGUCGCUGAGUUCCGCUAGCAACAAAUUGAUAAGCACGGAAAAACAGCGGCGGAUGUCUUCUUGUUCGGCCGAGGAGGAGAUUUCGCCGUGGCAUGUAGGAACCAUGAACGGUCGCUGCAGUUCCGGUGAAGAUGAGAUUCGCAUAGACAGUCGAAUUGUCAAAAAGCGAACCAUGAUCACCACGGAACUCUGAGCCUGUUUGCGCACAAAUGUGUGUGAAUGUGAGCGUGUCGGCCCUGAUGGAUGUCGAUGAUCCAACGUGAUGUCCUCUUAUCCGAUCCAACAACAACAACAGCGACGACGACGACCACGACGACAAUCAUCCGAUGUAGUACUACUAUGUAGGCAGUCGCUGCCAACCGGUUGGCUGGUUGGUUGGACGACUGACUGAGCCGCGCGGCGAUCGACCGAUAGAACCAGACGAGCCUUGUUCAUAAUCAUGUGUAUAUUCUAUGUUCACAGAUUCCUGAUGCGUCAAACGUUCGGGAAUCGCUUCGGUGUCUUCUAUUCUUUUAUUGUAGCUCAU